AUGUCUCGCAACCUACAACUUUCUAUUCAAACCCCACAAGCCACCAGUGUAAACAGAGCUGUUGGCUUCAAUAAACCAAAGUUAAAUCAGUUUUUUUCAGUAUACAAGUCAUUAUUUGAGGAACAUAAGUUUUCAGCCAAACAGCUCUGGAAUAUGGAUAAAACUGGAAUAACAAAUGUCCAUAAGCCAGGAAAAAUAAUUGCAACAAAGGGAAAACGACAAGUUUCAAAAAUAACUAGUGGAGAAAGAGGUGCUACUGUGACUGUCGUGUGUGCAAUGAGUGCAAGUGGUGUUUAUGUUCCACCAUUAUUUAUAUUCCCCCGUAAGCGAAUGACUGAUAGGCUGGCUUUUGGUGCACCUUCAGGGUCAAUUGUUAGAGUUAGCUCCAGUGGAUGGACAGAUUCAUCUUUAUUCAUCGAAUGGUUAACACAUUUUGUUACUGUGACUCAUGCAUCUAAAAAUAAUGAGCAAUUAAUUGUACUCGAAGGUCAUCAUAGUCACAAAACACUUGAAGCCAUUAACUUUUGUCGCAACAAUGGGAUUCACUUUAUAACUCUUCCACCUCAUUGUACACACAAAUCGCAACCUUUAGACCGUACAUUUUUCAAACCAUUAAAAGUUGGUUACAAUACUGAAGCAAGCAACUGGAUGUUAUCGCAUCAGGGGCGUAGAAUUUCAUUUUUUGACAUGGCAGGUAUUUUUACAACUGCUUAUAACUUUACUGCAAACAUUGACAAACCAAUCAAUGGAUUUAGAUGCUCUGGUUUAUACCCAAUAAAUGAGCUUAUUUUUAACAAUGAAGCCUUUGAUUCAGCUUUGCUCAUUGAUGAAGCUAUACCAUUGGAAAGCUGUCAGCAAUCAAGUGAUUUGCCUAGUAUACCUCUUGUUGCACCUAUACAGUUGCCAGAUGUCAUAAGCACAGCAACUGUUGCCUCAAAAAAUGAAGACUAA